AUGGCAGUGUCUCGGAUGGUCGUUCUCCUUUUCCUCAUUUUCACCAUUUUCACAGUGACGGAUGCAACGGAUUGUGCGGAUUUGUUGGAUAUAUGCGAGAGUCUGCAGCCAAUCUGCAUUGGAAGUAUUCUUCAACAUCAUUUCAAUGUCAUUAGUGAAUUGUCCGAUCAGAUGAAUGAUUCUACCCUUCCCGCCCUGGAGAGCUCCCUGCCAUUAGUCCAGUCUGACCUACCCCUAGUUCUCGGAACCAACGAUGAUGGAUCCUCUAUUGCCCCAGUUGAAGGCUCAGGAACAACAUCUGCGUCUUCAACUUUCGACGAAGAGGCCCUCAAGAACGCGUUACCUCUUCUCAAAGAGUCCCUACCUCUAAUCCGUGAAUCCCUCCCAUUAAUCCGUGAAUCUCUACCACUUAUCAGACAGUAUUUGGACCCAUUGGUUGGAAAGACAGCGUGCCAAAGAAAGGCCACGUGCAAAAGUUGUAAGGAUUGCCCAAAACUUCGUGAUUCAAUAAUCGACUUUGUCGAAGGCUUGUGCCCCAACACUUGCAAAGUUUGCACAACUGGAAGUGACCUUCUCGCAUCAUCCAACGCUUUGGCCGCCUAUUUUUCCUAG